AAGGCACAGUACAGUAAAUGCUUCUAAAUACCAACGUGCAUCUUCCCGAUGAAGUCCGUACAGCUUUGUUUGCUUGUCACUCUAUUGGUGGUGGUUGCAGUGAUGGCCGACGAUGAGGAUUUUGGCUGUUCUGCCAACGAAUAUUGGCAUGAGUGCGGUGUCGGAUGUCAGCCGCACUGUUAUGGCCCACUGCUUCCUCCGUGCGAUGAACCGUGCAAAGCCGGAUGCAUCUGCAAACCCUGGCACGUUCGAGAAAGCAAAGAGGGCGGAGAGUGCAUCAAACAUGAGGAUUGUAAAGAAGAAGGCUUUCUGUUCAACAACUAAUACCUCAAUGCAAUCGCACUGAUUGUAAGUGAUUUAGAGUUUCUAGAUGUUGUUGAUGGAUUGUGUCACACUUGCUAUGCGAGGUUCUGCUUCUGACGCGUUCCAUAAUUAGAUAAUUACUUAAACACUUGUUGAACAAAUGUUAUUAUCCAUUAAAAGCCUUCUUUAGAGUUGUGUCUGUA